AUGUGUAUCGUGCCAGGCAUCUCUGCGCAUCGCUACGUGGCUCUCAGCUACGUUUGGUCUCGAGCCGAUUCUGAUAACCCUCAGAUGCAGCCUUUCGACGAGGACCUCUUCGUCAAGAAUGACCGAACUGCUCCACUCUCCCUCCCACAGACUUUGCUUCUCAACGAUACAACCUUGGUAGACCUACAGAAUCCGGGGUACCUUCAGCGGGAAGAAAAUAAGCAACGCAUACCAGCCGUGAUAAAGCACGCCAUCGAGCUUAUUUUGGCCCUCAACGAGAGGUAUCUUUGGGUUGACAGGCUUUGCAUCGUGCAGAACAAUUUGGGUGACGGGGGAACGCUAAGCCAAGUCGCGGUAAUGGACAAGAUCUAUGCUAGCGCAUUCUUGACUAUAAUUGCAGCAGCUUCGGAGGACAUGUAUGCAAUGAGAUCGACAAUGGGCUGGCCAAUGUUCUCGGCUCAAGAGGCUCCUGCGCUCGAACGUGGGCUGGGGGAUGCCCCUCCAGAGCUGAGUAAAAGAAGCCACGCCAGAAUUACUCGUGAUCGAUAUGGACGUCUUGCGCAAUCCAAGUGGGCUUCGCGGGGUUGCUACCAGGAGCAGAUUUUGUGCAAUAGAUGUGUCGUCUUUGUUGAUGAGGGUCUCCUAUGGGACUGUCGUUAUUCCGUAUGGGAUGCAGUCGACCUUCACCCUGGUCAUGUCGCGUAUGUCAAAGCAUUCGAUACAGAGAGCCGAAGUCUGUUCUCGACAUGA